AUGUUUUAUUUUGCUCGCCAGUUCAACGGUGACGUCACGAGUUGGGACGUCCGAGGCGCGUCUUCGAUGGACUACAUCACAUAUGGGAUGUUUUACAAUACGCGUUUCGUGCAGAGUUUCAAGUGCCCAGACGACCAGGACGGCCCGCCGUCGGCGUGUUACGUCACGCCGUUCUCCUCCUCCGUCGCCCUGGAGCAAGCCGUGGACGCGUGCUUCGAAGAGGCGUUCGACGGAUCUUGUCAAUGUCUGAACAAGUGCGGCGAGGCGGGACUUCCAAUCUCGUCGUGGAACACCACGGGCUUGCUCAACAUGCACGAUUUGUUCGCCGAUCGCGAGUUCUUCAACGAAGACUUGGGCAAAUGGGACACCUCGCGCGCGAUUCGCAUGGACGACAUGUUCCGAAACGCCAAGGCGUUCAAUCGCGACAUCUCCUCCUGGGUCGUCGAUAACGUCCGCGACAUGUCCAACAUGUUCAACGGCGCGACGACGUUUAGUCGUAACCUCACGAGUUGGCGCAUCGCGAGCGGGGCAAAUCUCACCGACAUGUUCAAGGGCGCGACGGCGCACAACGCGCGAUUUACGUGUGACGACGCGGACGACGGUCCGCCGAGCUCGUGCGCGGCGACGGCGUACCCAUCCAGUCUGGCGCAUCGUUUCGACUUUUCCGAAACGGUGGAAACGUCGGGCGACGUCGUGACCUCAUUCGCGGACGCGACGGGCAAAGCGACGGACGUACAAGUCGUCGGGUCACCGACGUACGCGCGACACGUCCAGGCUGGAUUGAACGCCAUCAACUUCACCGCGAAUGGGCAGUACCUGCAGUUUACCGCCGACGGAGGCUCGGAACCCGAGGUUUUCAUCGUCUAUCGCGUCUUGGCGUACGCAGAGCUAGGUGUGAUCUUCACCCACGCGACAGAUGGGCGCGGCGAAUAA